GCAUACAGCCUAUUGUACACUAAAACAACAACAACAAAUAUAUAUAAACUGCAUAACAUGCUCUAGGUGGCGAAUGUCGCUUGUCGUGGACUUAAAUAACUUUAUUAACUUCUCAUCACCGUGAGUUGUUUCAAAAGAAGGAUUUCUGUAGUGGGUACCAACACUCGAAAUACUAAAAUGAAACAAAAGUUAAUAUUCACACAAUUUAUCGAAACCCAUAGGAUAAUUUGCAAUAGAACAAAAUUGUAUACAUGGAAUCAAUUUUGAUUUAACAAUAAAAACAUUGUCGUUAUAGACUUUUUAAACUUUUUCAUUCAAAACUCCCCAAAGUUAUGCCCGUUAUUUUAUUUUUGCAUUUGCCACAAGAUUAAGAUCUCCUUUUUAGUACAGUUGAACUCUUAAUUCUAUUACAUUAAUUUCGAACAAUCUCAUUACACUUAAUCCAGUUGGUGAAGUAAAAAAUUAUCAGAUGCUAAUCUAACAAAUAUCGUAAUUGGUUCUUUUCUGUCUAUAUUAUUUUAGUUCCCUGUUAUCGUUGUUCUGAUUGGUUAUCUGGAAACCUUAUUGAAUAUUCAACAGAGCACCGCCAUAUUUGGCACGCGCUGGUAAGACCGGCGCGGCCGUCAGUUGUAAAGGGUAGGCUUAGUUCGAAAAGUGUUUGUUAGCUUUCAGAGUUGAAUGUGGAAUGGAAGAUUAUGGACAGAUGUUGGUGUCGUCGAGUUCGCAGUGUUUUGUAUGGCAUGGGCGUAAGCGCACGAUGAUAAUAAACUGGUGAAGUUUUAUAUGUACAUGAUUCCUGUAAGAAUGUUGAGACUAUAUAUGAAAUGUAUACUUGAAGGAACUAUGGCUCUUUUCCACAGAAAGCAACGAAGAACACGGUCGGAGACCCUCGUAAGAGGCGUAAUCGUAGCUGCACUCUCCACUGUCAUUCUCGGAGAUGCAGCAGAUUUCACAACUUUUCACUUUACGGUAGAGCCAACAGAUUUGGUUGUUGUGAAAGACAACCCUGCAGUGUUAAACUGUGGAGUCGAGGGAAACCCUACUCCUAACAUUCAGUGGAAAAGGGAAGGAGCAGUGUUGAAUUUCAUUGGAGAUGCAAGAAAGUCAGUUUUACAAAAUGGUUCCCUUUACUUCAGUAGUGUUCAUCAUACUAGAACAGAGCGGCCAGAUGAAGGGGUGUAUCAAUGUGUGGCAACAAUUGAGCAUCUAGGAACGAUUGUUAGUCAGUCUGCAAAACUACAGGUGGCAUCUUUGCUCAGGUUUGAAGAGGAGCCGAGAGAUGUGGUUGUUUUUCCAGGCCAGACAGCAUACUUUCUCUGUACUAUCCAGGGAAUUCCACCACCCGACAUCACCUGGCUCAAAGAUGAACAACCACUAGUGUUAGACCUCACACGGAUGGUAAUCCUCCCUAGUGGGGCUUUGGAGAUUGACCUUGUGCAAAUUUCAGAUGCUGGUACUUACAAAUGUAAUGCCUCCAAUAUUGAUAAGUUCCGAGUCAGUUCAGGAGGAACGUUAACAUUAAGUUUAGAUUAUGGGGAAGCCAACAAAAUAGCAUCUCCUCAGUUUAUUGCUGCUCCAAAAAGUGUUGUAACCUCAGAGGGCAGUAAUGUAACUUUAGACUGUGCAGCCAUUGGAAACCCUCGCCCACAGUUAACUUGGUUGAAAGAUGGUGUAACUAUUGACCUUGCACUCCUGGACAGCCGUUUUAGAACAGUUGGAGUUGGGAGUCUUCAGAUUGAGAACAUUCGUGAAGAAGACACAGGAACAUACAUGUGCCGUGCUGAGAACCAUGCUGAUUCGGAGGAUGCAAGUGCAACUGUAGAAGUACAAGUUCCACCUCGCUUUGUGAAAUAUCCAGAUAACAAAUAUGCUUAUGAGAAGGAAGAUAUUGAGUUUGAAUGUGAAAUCUAUGGAAAACCAGAGCCCACUGUUCAUUGGAUUAAAAAUGGUGAUGCCAUUAUUCAAAGUGAAUACUUUCAAAUUGUUAAUGGGUACAAUCUGCGUAUUCUUGGGCUUGUGAGAUCUGAUAUGGGACUGUAUCAGUGCAUUGGUACAAAUCCAGCUGGAAAUGUCCAGGCAUCUGCCCAAUUAAUCAUUUUAAACCCAGAAUCUCCUCGCCCCACAACCCAUCCAUCUAUUACUGUCUCUCAUUCAAACAACAAAUUAGGAGACCUCCCAAAAAGCAAAGAUGUGCCCUCUGCACCACGCCAAUUGUCAGCAGUUAUUGUAUCCACCCGUUUCAUCACCCUUUCUUGGCAGGAGCCAGUUAGGACAAAUGGUAUCAUCUUUGCAUACUCCGUGUAUUAUAGAGAGGAUUCAUCCACAAGGGAACGAGUUCUGAAUACUACACGACCAAGACUAGAGGAUGUGAGUGUGCAAGGACUUCGCCCUUCAACCCGUUACAUUAUACGCGUUGUGGCCUACAAUCAACAUGGGCCUGGUGAAAGUUCAGAGGAAAUCACAGUACAGACUCACCCAGAAGUUCAUGUUCCAAGCCCAGCACGAAACCUUCGAGCUUUUCCUGAGUCACCAACAUCUCUCUUCGUUCAGUGGGAUCAACCAAAAAAAUAUAAUGGCCCAGUUCAGAAGUACAAGUUAUAUUACAUGAAAGUAGGUACUUCAGAAGAACAUGAAAUUACCACAAGUGAAACAAACUAUCUGUUAAAAUCACUUGAAAAAUUUACAGAGUACAGUUUUUGGGUUGUGGCAUUUAAUCAGAAUGGGCCUGGAAUGAGCACAGAAGAAGUAACAGCAAGGACUUAUUCAGAUACUCCAGAUGAUACACCACAAAAUGUCACUGUUGAAGCUGCAAGCUCAACGAGUAUUAUUGUUCGAUGGCAACCCCCUCCUAAAGAAUCUCAGAAUGGCAUUAUCACUGGUUACAAAAUACGUUACAAGUUGAAGGGUAGCCGUAGGGGAGACACAGUCACCACUGAUGGCAAUAGACGACUGUAUGCUUUAACAAGCUUGGAGCGUGGAGCACAAUAUAGCAUUAGGAUAGCAGCUCUUUCCAUAAAUGGCAGUGGUCCAAGUACAGAUUGGCUUUCAACAGAAACAUUUGAAAAUGAUUUGAAUGAAUUGGUAGUUCCUGAUCGCCCAAAAAGUGUUCGUGCACGACCAACAGCAAACUCUAUCUUUGUGAGCUGGACUCCACCAAGAAAUCAAAAUAUCAUGAUAAGAGGUUAUACCAUUGGUUGGGGAGUUGGUUUUCCAGAUGUAUAUACAAAAGUUCUUGAUGGCAAACAAAGAUACUACACUAUCGAAGAUCUUCAACCCUCAUCAGAAUAUGUAAUAAGUUUAAGGGCAUUCAAUCAAGUUGGAGAUGGGCGACCAAUAUAUGAAACAGUACGAACUUCAAUAGAAAGCAUUCCUGAACCCUUGACUCCAAUGCUUCCUCCUGUGGGAUUGAAAGCUAUAGUUCUAUCAUCUUCAACUGUCGUUCUUUAUUGGACUGAUAGCACACUUCCUCGAAAUCAACUGAUUACAGACAACAGGUUCUAUACUGUACGCUAUGCACCCUAUGUAUACUCUGGUAACUUGCGAUACAGACACUAUAAUUCUACAGAUCUGAACUGCAUGAUUGACAACUUGAGACCCAACACCCAGUAUGAGUUUUCUGUGAAAGUGGUUCUUGGCCGACAAGAGAGUACAUGGAGUAUGAGUGUCCUUAACACAACCCAGGAAGCUGCUCCAGCAUCCCCUCCCAGAGAUCUGACUGUAGUUCCUCUGGAUAGUGAUUCCUCAGUCAUUAAUCUUCACUGGCAGCCACCAAAGCAACCAAAUGGAGUUAUUACAGGUUAUGUGAUUUUUUACACCACAGACAACACUCAAAAGGAUAUAGACUGGGUAGUAGAAGGAGUAGUGGGGGAUAAAAUGACCACUACUCUUAAGGGACUAACUGCUGACACAACAUAUUACUUUAAGAUACAAGCUCGAAACAAUAAAGGUUAUGGCCCAUUGUCAUCAGAGGUGGUUUUUAUGACUGGAUCAAGUUUUACUAGGGCAGCCGGAGCAACUUUCCAUGAUGGAAGUGGACUUACAAACAGCAUGCUGUACAUAAUUAUUGCUUGUGUAUCAAGCAUUACUUUGCUUGUGAUAAUUGUAGUAAGUGUCUUUGUUUGUCGACGACGCCAGGGGUACAUUGGACCGGGACGAAAUAAAAGUACCAAAACAGCAGCUAAAGGUUUGGGAGCAAAUAAAGACCUUAAACCACCAGACUUGUGGAUUCACCAUGAUCAGAUGGAACUGAAAUCAUUAGACAAAGGACAUAGUACUGAAACAACCAUGACUGUUACACCCAUUCCACGUAAUUCACAAGAACUGAGCUGUGAACCAAUUAUCAGUACUUUGGAAAGAAAGAAGGGACCUUUAUAUACAGACCCUUCGCUUGAGGAUGACAAUAAAACCAAUGACAAAUCCUCUCUGCCCCGGAGGGCUGUAAGAGCCAAACCCAUAAUGAUUCCUGUUGAUUCACAAAAGCCACUCCCAAGAGAGCCCAUUGCCACUGCCACCAGUAUUCCUAAUGGAAAUAUUAAUCAGCAUUGUGAUUCUGGUACAUCAAGCCUGACACGGCCUGUUUACCCACGUACCCAGUACAACAUUCCCCGAGCCCAUAUUGUUGUUGACCCAGUUCAUUCAGGCUCAGCUGAUAUGGCUUCACCCAUUGCACAGCAGGCAUCAGUCACUUAUGAACAAGUUCCUUCUUCUCCACCAAUAACAAUGGCUGUGGGCACUGGGCAGCACUCAACAUAUACCAGUCCUCAUCAUCCUAGUACAGGUGGAGAUGGCACUUUGGGGAAACGACCAGUGGGACACCCACUCAAGAGCUUUAGUGUACCUGCUCCUCCACCACAGAGUGCACCAACAACCCCACAACCAAAGCAUAUAGCUGUUCGCCCACAAGGAGUUCCCAGUCCCCACAAAAAGGCAAUAUACAGUGGAAAUACACCUGCAUCCAACUUGAUUGGUAGCUCCUCUUCACACCCAUCAGCUGUUGUUACCCAACCUAGUACAGCAAUUGUCACACCAAAUGUACCAGACCUCUCCUCAAAGUGUGAGAAAGAGGAUGAAGUAGCAUCUUCCUGUAGCACAGAGGAACUCAAUCAAGAAAUGGCUAACUUGGAAGGCCUGAUGAAGGAUCUAAAUGCCAUAACUGCCUCAGAAUUUGAAUGCUGAAGAUUAAUAAUCAUUAAAAAAAAUUGUAUGUUUUUCUCGGGUGAUUACAUUUCAAACAACAGCAACAGCCUUGUGUUUUCAGAGUUAUCAGACAAAUGUGCCUCAAUUCUGAAGCUCUGGUAUAUGAAGAUCACAAGAUCAGAGAAAAAUGACACUUUCCACAUGCCCUUCAUUUUGUUAUAUUAUCCCAUAAAAGACAAAUGUAAUAUAAGUCUAAUUUUUUUUUCAAGUGGACUAAAGGCACAAAAAUAUGUUGGUGAAGCAAUUUCAAUAUAGAAGUCAGAGCUGUGUAAGGGACAAACAGAAACAAUAGACUUAUAUGCAUUGUGAGUACAAUGCAUUAUGUUUUUAUGAAAAUGUACUGUAUAAUAUAUGGAAAAUUCCCACGAUACCGAAGCUCAUAAACUUUUUAUACUGCAAUUCCAUUGGAGGAAUAUUAAGUCUCAUAGUCACGUUGCAUCUAAUGUUUGAUAAGAAGAUGCAAUACAUUGUGUGGGAUAUUGAAGUGAGCUCACAAAAUUUACAAACCCCACAAUUUUACCAGCGGAGUUAAAGAUGUGAUGGUCAAAAAUUUAUGUGCCAUGUCCUGCUCAUCACUGUUUGUUUGUUUUUGUAUCACAAAUGAAAACAAAAAAAAAUCCCUAAAAACUUCUUGAUGUGAAUCUCUGUAGUUUUGUGAAAAAUUUUGUUGUUGCCAGUAGAUAAUUGGAAAAUGCUCAUGUCGUGAAAAUUCUCGUAAAGUGACCUCCAAAUAUGUAUAUUUAUGCAUGUGUUACAACGAGGAGUGUGAUAAACCUUAAGUUUCUGCUAUGCUAUAGUUACUAGAAAUUAUUACUGGACUAGGACUCAGAUGAGUAAGCUUUUUUUUAUACACCAAAGACAGUUAUUAGUAAUUGGAACCAAGUUAUUUUAUAAACCAAUUAAUAGAUGUGUAUCUUUGUGUGUGUGUGUGUAUGUAUAUAUAGUAGAAAUGCAAUGAACAUAUUGUUUUUUUAAUCCUCCUGAAACAGAAAACAAAAUACAUGCUUUUAGUAAUGUAAAUCAAAGCCAACAGUUAUCAGAAAAAUUUAGUAAUUAAAUGGUUAUUAAUGUAUUAUAUUUCUUAAGAUUACCAAAUAUUGGAACAUCCCAAUACCGUUGUAAUUUUUGUCUAUAUAUGCAACACAAAGGUAAUUGUUUAGCUCUUCUAAGAUAAGAUACCAGUAUGCUUGUAUUCAGGAUCGUGCAUCUACCAGAAAUUGAUAUUUUCUGUUCAUUUUGUGUAAAUCAUAUUUCUUUGUACGAUCUAUCAAGUGCCAUUUAUGUGUAUAUAUACUCUAUACAAGCACAAGCGAAGUCAGUCAUAAGUAUUGUAUAGUUGUGAGAGUUUUAAUGUACAAGUAAAAUUCUGUACACAUAAUGUUUCUUUCGGACACUGCAAGGAAGAAGAGUAGUAGAAUAUAGUUUUUCAUUACAAUGAACAAAUUAUUUUGUAUUGUUGCCAUUACUUUAAAUUAUUAUUUUUUGAUUAUGAUAUGUGUUUGCUGUGCCAAUCAUAUUGUAAACAAAUUAUGAUCUUGAAUACUUUUUUGAGAUAUAAUAGUUCUAUUCUGCUUUCUUAAAGCUCAUUAAAUAGUGAUGGCUGUUUGGGUUACUUUACUAUGGCUCCCAGUUUAAAAUCUAAGUAUAACUUUUUUAAGUAACUGCUACUUCAAAGCUGUUCUUAUUUAUCUACUUAUUCUUUAAUUUAGUGGUUUUAAAAUUAUGUGUACCAAAAAAUAAUAAAUGUAAUAAUUGUCAUUUUAUGUAAUAAAACAUUGGUAUAAGUAUGAUUCUUUA